AGCCCAGUCAGCCCCGCCGAUCGCGGAGCGCACAGGCGAACUUAGAAUUAUUUAGUGCAGCUGCUCCCAAUAAGCUGCAUCAUUGAAUUCCGAUUCCGAAUAACUUACUCCGCACAGAGCCUACUUCUGCUCUCUGACUCUUCGCGUACAACUUGAACUCAGCGCGUCGAUCAGCCAGCCACAUUUCCCGAAGUUCAGGUCGCAGCGCCGCGUAGUCUCUCUCCUCGCGACCAGACGAUGACGAACGCAGCAGCACUAGUCGCCGUGCUCCCGAUCGUCCUGUUCCUUCUCUUACCAUCGCAACCCGCAGCCAUCUGCGCAUCCGCCGAAUCCACCAACAGUUUAUCAGACGCAUUCGCUACCGGCGUGGCUUCGCCCUUGGGAAAGGAACUUUCGUCCGCGGGACUCACGGGGUUCGCGAGCCUUCUCAGGCACGCCGGGCUGAUGCCUGAGCUCGACCUACGCGCGCGGACCGGCUCCGUCAUGACCGUGUUCGCGCCGACCAACAACGCGCUCAUGCGCGCGGACCCCGCGCUACUCGCGUUCCUCAAGCUUCCGCGCAACGGCGCGCUGCUCCGCGACAUUCUGCUGUUCCACGUGGUAGCGCGGCCGAUCUCCGCGUUCGCCUGGGAGGGCACGCAAGCGACGCUGCAGGGCGCUCCGAUCGCGCUCCACGUGGACUCGCUCGCGUUCCAGGUGGGCGGAACCACCGUGAAGCAGUAUCGCGCACUCACGCUCUCCCUGGAUCUCCUCAGCGAAGGGCCCCUCUCCGGGGAAGGCGCGGAUUUCGCGCGAAGAAGUGGCUUGGAGCUCGGCGAGAGCGGCACGGUGGGCACGGUCGUGGUUCACACGAUCAACGCGCUUCUCGUGCCGCCUUUCCUCGACGACGCGCUCUCGCUCACCACCGGUGAUCUCUAUAUCGUCGCCGCAACGGACAGCAAUGGACGGAAACUCGCGGAAUUGGGGUCCGCUACACCCACGCCCGCGUCAGCUCCGAGCUCGACGCCCCCCCCGCCGCCGGUCCAGCCUUCCCCUCCUCCGCCAGUUGCUGCCUCCCCUCCGCCCCCAAGAGCGGUGCGCCGGGUGUUUAUGCGUUGAGCUUACGGCGGCUGGCUCCUUCUAUGGCGGUCGCUCUGGUCGCCAUCGUGGCAUUGUUGUGAGGGGCAUCGAAGGGAAAUCUACUGAGGUUGUGGUGUUAGGCAUAACUUAUAGCGUGCAUUAUUAGUGCACAAACUAGAUGAUUGGUAUAUUUUUUGUUCAACCUAAACUGCUCGCCUCAGGAUAUCAGGGUAAAAUACCCUUACGGCCCUUAUAAUAAGGGUGGGGUAGCUGUUGGACCCUUAUUUUUAAAAGUGGUUUAGUUUUUGACCCUUAUGAAAAAAACUAGAUCUAUACGGGACCCUGUUUUUUCAAAGUGGUCGAGUGUAGGGACCCUGAUGCGGAAAAGUGUUGUGUAAAAUCACCCUUACACAAUCACACAUGCGAUCCCCCCCUGAAAUAUUUUAUCCCCUUGGCAACCUGUAGAUUUCGGCUAAGUCCCCCCAAUCCGAGAGUCAUUCCUCCUAUACCCCCCGCAACCCAAGAUUUCGGCUAAGUCCCCCACUGCCUAAGGCAUUCCUCCCACAGCCCUCGAGCGACCCCGAAAAAUUGGUGAAGUCCCCCACUCGCAGAGACAAAGCCGCUGUAGUACCUUCGCAACCCGGAGGAUU